AUGGCAAAGUUUGUUGAAUGGGCUAACAGCUUACUCGGCCGCUUUGAGGAACAGCUUCCAUAUCGCACAGGAACAACAAGUACUCAAGCAAGAAUCAACAUGGAACAAACUUUAAUUGAACAAAGCUUAAUUCAAAUAUCAAGAUAUAGGUUUUCCUUAGUUAUAUCUGGAUUAACAAAAAUGCUUCAAAGAGUAAAUGAAAUUUAUCAACCUACACAAGGUAGAGGCCAUGAUUCGGAAAGACUAGGCUAUGACUCACUGAUUAUCAUUUUACAGACAUUGGAACGAUGUCUGUCAAAUCAGUCAAAAGAUAAUGCCAGAUUUGAGGAAGCGAUGAAUGUAAAAUUAUUAUUGAGAGAAAUUUGCCAAUUCAUAGACGUACAAAGUGACCUAAACAUGCCAAACAAUUCACCUUCAUUGAAGGGUCUUGCAUCCAAAGUCUUGUUCGCACUCUCACAAAAUCAUUUUGGUGCUGUUUUCAAUAGAAUUUCCGCACGUUUACAAGAGCUCAGUGCAUGCUCUGAAGAGAAUCCUGACUAUAGUGAUGUUGAGUUAAUUCAACACAUUGAUCUGGAUGUCAUUAAACUAACAAAAUUACUGACAGAAGUCAUUCAAAAGUUCAAAUUAUUAAAGAAGUCUGCUCAUCUGAUUCUUCUGAAUUCAUUGGAAAAGGCUAUGUGGAAUUGGAUUGAAUUUCAUCCAAAAGAAUUUGAAGAUUUACAACGAAAUCCCAAUGAAGAGCUCUCGAAAUGUUGUGAAACAUUCUUCGACAUACUUGACUCGUAUGCGGAAAAUAAAAAGAGUCGUUCAGCUGUUUGGCCACUACAGAUUCUUCUACUUAUAUUAAGUCCAAAAGUUCUGGAGGAAAUCGUCAAUGCAGACAGUGGUGCACCUUGUUCUCCACGACAUAUUAAGAAAAAGCACUUUAUGGAAGGCAUUAAGAAAGGUUUGAGUUCACAUGCAUCAUCUAAACAAAUGACAGAGUCAGCAGCAAUUGCUGCAAUAAAGCUUUGUAAAGCAAGUACAUAUAUCAAUAUAAAUGAUUCAAAUAAUGUCACUUUUCAACUUGUUCAAAGUGUCAUUAAUGACUUGAAAGCUCUGCUGUUUAAUGUAUCGAAACCUUUCUCAAGAGGACAGGCAUAUAAUCUUCAAGAUAUUGAUUUAAUGAUUGAUUGCUGGGUCUCAUGUUUUAGAAUUAAGCCUCACAACAAUGAAGCUUUAAAAGUCUGUUUGAGCUUAACAUCACCUUCUAUAUUUCAUUAUGUUAUUGUCAGCUCAUUAUUGAAGAUUGUUACACAACCACGAUUAAAUUGGUGGCCCCAAAUAGAUUUGGUUUAUGCACGAUCGGCAGAAUUGCGAGCUUUAUUUACGGAUACAUUAAAUAAAGCAACACAGGGCUAUAUAGCACACACACCAUUGAGAAUGAUAGCAUCACUUUCGCUCAAAUCAAAAGAUAAUCAGUCACGAUUGAUCCGACCUGAUGAGACUCAUGCACACAAAGCACUUUUACUAUUGAUGGUGCGUUUAGUUCAUGCAGAUCCAAUGUUACUACUUAAUAGCCAAGGAAAAGCAGGUCAUGAAGUUCAAAGCUCUACUUUAGAACUAAUAAAUGGACUAGUAUCUUUAGUUCAUCAGCCUACAAUGCCAGAUGUGGCACAAGAAGCUAUGGAAGCAUUAUUAGCUUUACAUUCACCAGAAAAAAUCGAAAUGUGGAACCCAGAGGCUCCAAUUAAUACGUUUUGGGAUGUGUCUUCGCAAGUAUUGUUUUCAAUAUCACAAAAAUUAAUACAACAUCAAAUUGCUAACUAUACAGAUGUUUUGAAAUGGCUCAGAGAAAUUUUGAUUUGUCGGAAUACGUUCUUACAAAGGCACAAAGAUUACGCAAGUUGUGGUUCUCAAAUAGCAAUUUGUCGACAGGCGCACAUUAAACUAGAGGUUGUGUUCUUUAUGUACUUAUGGUCAGUAGAUCUUGAUGCAGUGAUUGUUGCACUUUCAUGUUUUGGAUUGUUAUGUGAAGAAGCAGAAAUUAGAUCUGGAUCUGAUGAGAUGACGGUAUCAUUUAUUUUGCCAAAUUAUCAUCUUUAUCAAGAAUUAGCUCAAGCAUCAAGCACUAUUACAACAGGAAACAGCGAGAGUCGAUAUUGCUUCUAUGAACACACACAAGGGAGAAUUGCUCUUCAAAAAACUAUUAUGGGUUUGUUGAGGAAAAUUGAGCAUUGUGUUAAUGGAAUUUCUCCAGCUUGGGAGGAAACUUACAGAAAUUGGGAGCAACUAUGCAAGCUUCUUCAAACGUAUCCAAAAGGAAAAGUAGAAGAUGGACAAACUGAAGUCUUUCACAGAAGUGUGAGUAAAAGGAGAGCAAGUCAUCAAUCAUCAGAGCAUGACUUAGAGGAACAAAUUAAUGAAUGGGCAAAUAUGACAUGGUUCCUUCUAGCACUUGGUGGCGUUUGUUUACAACGUCCAAAAACAAUUCGUGCUUUUCAAGGUCAAAACAUGACACUUGGCUCCUUAGUUCAGUCAACGAGUUCUAUAUCAAGCUCAAGCUCAGGAAGAGGAUCGAUGAUGAUGGUUUCUGUAAUUGGAUCUUUACCUGGACCACAGGAAGUUCAGUAUUGUCCUGUAACUCAAUUCAUCGGCCAACUUCUACGUCUUCUUGUGUGCAACAACGAAAAAUUUGGACCUCAAAUUCAAAAGCAUGUCAAAGAACUAAUUGGACAAGAAAUGUCAUCACAAAUGUACCCUAUUUUAUUUGACCAAAUUCGAUCAAUUGUUGAGAAAUUUUUCGAUCAGCAAGGGCAGGUUGUAGUGACAGAUAUAAAUACACAAUUUAUUGAGCAUAUAAUUUAUAUAAUGAAAUCAGUAUUAGAAGGAAGGCAAAGCAAAGAUGAACCAAUGGCAAAUGAGCAUUUAGGAGUAACGAGCAUAGAAGGAAUGAUGCUUGCAAUUGUUCGGUAUGUUCGACAUCUUGACAUGACAGUACAUGCGAUUCACAUCAAAACAAAAUUAUGUCAGCUCGUUGAAGUUAUGAUGAAACGACGAGACGACCUUGCUUUUCGACAAGAAAUGAAAUUUCGAAAUAAACUUGUAGAAUAUUUGACAGAUUGGGUCAUGGGAACAAGUCAUCAAAUAGCUCCACCAUCAUCUGGAGACGUAACAGUUAUUACUAGAGAUUUAGAUCAAGCAUGUAUGGCUUGUGUUGGUGCUUUAUUGAAAGGUCUUCCCUUACAACCUGAAGAAUCAGAUCGUGGAGAUUUGAUGGAUGCAAAAUCUGCAUUAUUUUUAAAAUAUUUUACAUUAUUUAUGAACUUAUUGAAUGACUGUGUAGAUAUAUCAGAUAGUGAUAAAGAACCGAGCAAUCAACCUAUUAUGAUGCCACCGAGGCCAAGAGUUGCCGCAACAAAAUUGACAGCUUUAAGAAAUUCAACAAUUCAAGCUAUGUCAAACUUGCUUAGUGCAAAUAUUGAUUCAGGUUUAAUGCAUUCUAUUGAUCUCGGAUAUAAUCAAGAUUUACAAACGCGUGCAGCUUUUAUGGAGGUAUUGACACAAAUUUUGCAACAAGGAACCGAAUUUGAAUGCCUUGCUGAAACAAUUAUUGCAGAUAGAUUUGAGCAGCUUGUGCAGUUAGUAACAAUGAUUAGUGACAAGGGAGAAUUGCCUAUCGCUAUGGCAUUAGCUAAUGUUGUAACUACAUCUCAAAUGGAUGAACUUGCAAGAGUUCUUGUAACACUUUUCGAUGCCAAGCAUCUCCUAUCACCACUUUUGUGGAAUAUGUUUUACAGAGAAGUUGAAGUUUCGGAUUGCAUGCAAACACUAUUUCGUGGCAACUCGUUAGGCAGUAAAAUAAUGGCAUUUUGUUUCAAAAUAUAUGGUGCAAGUUAUUUGCAAUCAUUACUUGAGCCAUUAAUAAGGCCAUUGAUUGAUGAUCCGAAUACUAAUUUCGAGGUUGAUCCAGCACGUUUAGAACCUACUACAGACGAUAUUGACGUAAAUCGUAAAAACUUGAUUGCAUUAACACAAAAAGUUUUUGAUGCUAUCGUUAAUUCUGCAGAUCGAUUUCCAUCUCAACUUCGUUCAAUGUGCCAUUGUCUAUAUCAGGUACUUAGCAAACGUUUUCCAAAUUUAUUACAGCAUAAUGUCACAAAUGUUGGUACAGUAAUAUUUUUGAGAUUCAUAAAUCCAGCUAUCGUCAGUCCUCAAGAAUUAGGAAUCAUAUCGAAGCAAGUUCCAUCACAUAUUAAACGUGGAUUAAUGUUAUUAUCAAAAAUACUUCAAAAUAUUGCUAAUCAUGUUGAAUUUUCAAAAGAGCAGCACAUGCUCUACUUUAAUGAUUUUCUUCGUGCUCAUUUUGAACCAUGCCGAAGAUUCUUCAUACAAAUCGCUUCUGAUUGUGAAACAGUUGAUCAAGCAUCAUCGCAUAGCAUGAGUUUUAUAUCUGAUGCAAAUGUCUUGGCAUUACAUCGUUUACUGUGGACUCAUCAGGAGCGCAUUGGAGAUUAUUUAUCAAGUUCUCGUGAUACAAAGCAUGUUGGACGUCGACCAUUUGAUAAAAUGGCUACAUUACUAGCUUAUUUGGGACCUCCUGAACAUAAACCCGUGAAUGUCGAUUCUCAUAUGUUGUUUUCAUCUUAUGCUCGUUGGAGUUCAAUUGAUAUUUCUUCAACAAAUUUUGAAGAAAUCAUGGUGAAACAUCAAAUGCACGAAAAAGAAGAAUUUAAGACACUAAAGUCUAUGAACAUUUUUUAUCAAGCUGGAACAUCAAAAGCAGGAUUUCCGGUAUUUUACUACAUUGCAAGACGAUAUAAAAUUGGUGAAACAAAUGGCGACUUGUUGAUAUAUCAUGUCAUUUUAACUCUCAAACCAUUUAUUCAUGCACCAUUUGAAGUUGUAAUUGACUUUACUCACACAUGUAGUGAUAACAGAUUUAGAACAGAAUUUCUGCAAAAAUGGUUCUAUGUUUUACCUGAGGUAGCUUAUGAAAACCUCCAUGCAGCAUACAUUUAUAACUGUAAUUCAUGGGUUCGAGAAUAUACUAAAUUUCAUGACCGGAUUUUGGCUCCAUUAAGAGGGAAUCGAAAACUUGUUUUCCUGGACGCACCAUCAAAACUAAAUGAUUUUAUAGAUGUUGAACAGCAAAAAUUACCUGGUGCAACAUUAUCUCUUGAUGAAGACUUGAAAGUUUUCAAUAAUGCAUUAAAAUUGAGUCAUAAAGAUACAAAAGUUUCCAUUAAAGUUGGUCCAACUGCUUUACAAAUAGCAUCUGCUGAAAAAACUAAAGUAUUAGCACAUUCUGUUUUACUUAAUGAUGUUUACUAUGCAUCUGAAAUUGAGGAAAUAACUCUUGUUGAUGAUAAUCAAUUUACAUUAUCAAUAGCAAACGAGAGUUCACAGCUCAGUUUUAUUCACAACGAUUGCGAUAAUAUUGUUCAAGCAGUAAUUCAUAUUCGGAACAGAUGGGAAUUAAGUCAACCAGAUUCAGUAACAGUUCAUCAAAAAAUCAGACCGAAAGAUGUUCCUGGAACAUUACUAAAUAUGGCACUAUUGAAUCUUGGAUCAUCAGAUCCAAAUUUAAGAACAGCUGCAUAUAACUUACUAUGUGCAUUGACUGCAACAUUUGACUUAAAAAUUGAAGGCCAGCUAUUGGAAACACAAGGUCUCUGUAUUCCAUCAAACAAUACUAUUUUUAUUAAGGAAAUUUCGGAGAAGUUAGCAACGAAUGAGCCUCAUUUGACGUUGGAAUUUUUAGAAGAAUGUAUUCAGGGUUUUCAGCGUAGUACGAUUGAAUUAAAACAUUUGUGUCUCGAAUAUAUGACACCUUGGCUAGCUAAUCUCGUAAGAUUCUGCAAGCCAACUGACGAGGGAAAGAGACAAAAACAAGUUGCACAAAUUUUAGAAAAACUUAUUAACUUGACUAUAGAGCAAAAGGAAAUGUAUCCAUCAAUUCAAGCAAAAAUUUGGGGAAAUAUCGGACAGAUCCCCGAUUUGAUUGAUAUGGUUUUGGAUAACUUUAUUCAUAAAUCAGUAAGUUCUGGUCUUGGAUCUCCACAAGUUGAAAUAAUGGCAGACACAGCUGUAGCUUUAGCCAGUGCAAAUGUUCAAUUGGUUGCUAAAAAGGUUAUAGGGCGAUUAUGUCGCGUAAUGGACAAAACGUGUUUGUCACCAACCCAAUACUUGGAGCAACACAUGAUGUGGGAUGAUAUAGCAAUCCUCGCAAGAUAUCUUCUUAUGUUAUCUUUCAACAAUUGUUUGGAUGUAGCACGACACCUUCCAUAUCUCUUCCAUACUGUCACCUUUCUUGUUUGCAGUGGCUCUCUUAGUAUGCGAGCAUCAACUCAUGGUCUAGUCAUUAAUAUUAUUCAUUCAUUAUGUACAUGCACGAAACCCUCAUUUGCCGAAGAAACGCAUCGAGUUUUGAGACUUUCACUUGAUGAAUUUUCUUUACCUAAAUUUUAUUUGCUGUUUGGAAUCAGUAAAGUCAAAUCUGCAGCCAGUACUGCAUUCAGAUCAUCAUGUCGUCACCAUUCAGAUCGCUGGUUAGGAAAUGAAAGAGUAUCACAACCUCCAUUGGAUCGUGAAAGAUUAGCACUACCUUCCUUGGAGGUCAUUACUGAUGCAUUGCUUGAAAUCAUGGAAGCAUGUAUGCGCGAUAUUCCCGAUUGUGAUUGGUUACAAACAUGGACAUCAUUAGCAAAAAGUUUUGCUUUUUGUUAUAAUCCUGCAUUACAGCCAAGAGCUUUGAUAGUGUUUGGUUGCAUUAGCAAAUCAAUUACUGACUCAGACGUUAAACAAUUACUCAGAAUUCUUGUUAAAGCGUUAGAAAGUUUCAAUGACAUUCAACUUUUAGAAGCGCUUAUUAUGUGCUUAACAAGAUUGCAACCAUUAUUACGACCAGAAUCAACAAUACAUAGAGCACUUUUUUGGGUAGCUGUUUCUGUACUGCAACUUGAUGAAUCAACACUUUAUGCUGCUGGCUUGGCUCUUCUCGAACAAAAUUUACACACUCUUAAUUCACAGCAAACGUUUGAUAAACAGAACUUAGCAGAUGUAAUGAUGGAUACACGUGAACCAUUGGAAUGGCACUUUAAGCAACUCGAUCAUGCAGUUGGAUUAUCAUUUAAAUGCAAUUUUCAUUUUGCACUUGUUGGACAUUUACUUAAAGGAUUCCGACAUCCAACACCGACAACAGUAUCUAGAACAAAUCGUGUACUUACAAUGCUACUUGGAAUUGUUGCCAAACCAAGUCGCAGAGAUAAAUUUGAAGUUGCUCAUGAUUCUGUUGCAUACUUAACAGCUCUUGUGAGUGUUUCUGAAGAAGUACGAUCACGCUGUCAUGUCAAGCAUACAAUUCCUCGAUGGCCACCAAUAGAAUCAGCAAAUGAUAAUUCAGUUGAUUCAACAACAGGAAAUCAGAACGUUCGACGUCAAAAGUCAUGGGAUAUGUUAGAUCAGUCAGCAAUAGCAUAUGCUCGACAACAACAUAAGGUUCCACAUCAGGAAGCGGUAGUAAUUAAAGGAAAGAUAUGGCGAAGCCUUGAUUUGGCAAAUCAAUCGAAUGUAACUGUCAGUAGUAAUUUAAAUAAUAGUCCUAAUAAUCACCCAACAUCAACAACAUCAACAACAGCAACUAAUGCCCAUCACAAUUCCUUGAUAAAUGCCAAUCAGACACCUCAUUAUCAGAGACAUGACUUUAAAAAUCGUCGAUCCUCAUCUGAGCCGGCGAAUGAGCAAAAGAUGCUCUCUCACAUUCAAUCAAAUCCUAAUAAUAACAUAAGUAACAGUAAUUUAAGUAAUAAUCAGAACAACACUACAACAAUUCCUAAUACAAGCAUAAAUCAGACUAAUAACUGUUGUUCAAAUAACAAUACUAGUUUGGCCCUCGAUGAUGCAUCUGAUAUUCAAAAUCCCAGCGAUGAUUUCAUUGAUUGUCUUCAUCAGAAAAAUAUUAAAAAUGCUAGAGUUUUGAUGUUCAAAACGCAAAGAUCAUUCUCAGUGCCAACAACAAAGGAGCAAAAAUCAACAGCAGAUGAACGACAGGAACGUGGUUCUCGAUCAUCAGUAUCAAAUGAGUCUAAUGUUCUUUUGGAUCCAGAAGUUUUGCCUGAUAGCUCAACACAAGCACUUGUCUUAACAGUCCUUGCAACACUUUUAAAAUAUUCCACUGAUGAAACUGAAACCCGAGUUCUAUAUCAAUACUUGGCUGAAGGAUCUGUUGUAUUUCCAAAAGUUUUUCCAGUCAUUCACUCACUUCUCGAUCAGAAAAUCAAUAAUGUUCUUGGAUCAUCAAAUGAUCAAGUAGUUCUUGCUGCUGCUCAAGGAAUUAUUCAAAACAUGCUAGCAUCAGAAGAUGCAUCACAACAGCCAUUGCAUUUCUUGCAAUCAUGUGGCUUCGGAGGUUUGUGGAGAUUUGCUGGACCAUUUACUAAGUACAAUAUGAUGGUAGAAUCCUCUGAACUGUUUGUAAACUGUCUUGAAGCCAUGGUUGAAACGUGUCUACCAGCUGAAGAAAAUCAACCUGUACCAUCGUCACCAAGACCAUACAAUCUAACAUCAAGUUUGAGUAGUUUGACAUUAGGAUCGCCAGACAAAGCUUUUUCGACAGAAUCACUAGAUCGUGAUCGAGAACGUGAAUAUAGUGGCUCUUUAAGACGAGCAUCAUUAUCAAAAGCACGUUCAGCAAAUGCAAAAAUUCGACAAUUUAAUGAAACAUAA